GGCCGUGCGUGGGUGUGUGUGUGUGUGUGUGUGCGGACCGCACUUUUCCUUUCCACUGUAGCUUCACUUUAUUAUCAAGAACCCUAGAGGCAUUUCGAUCAAUCUGUGCUAAAGUGGGAUUACGGGAAUUGUAACCCGCGUUUCGUUUUCACUUUGGCGUUACAACGAAAGAGAAAAUUUCACUCUACAGCCUCACUUCACGGGACGUUUUUAGCUCGGAUGGGCUUGACUCACCAACUUUCAACUGAUGGGUGAUGCUGGCGCCGGUCGCACAGUUCGUAUAUGCCGAUUAUAACUUCUCAAAUACAGGCUCAGUUGGGAGAUAUGAUAGGGAUUUAUUUAGGCUCCCGGUUUUAACUGUCCUUUUUUAUUUGGCGCGAUUCAGCGGUGGUCCUGGCCACACAGCCCGCGGAGUCCCAUGCCCACGUCCCCCGUCCCAGGUUCCUCUCUCCCCCCGAGGACAGUGCCCUAGGCCCGGGGGUUAGAUGGUGCUGAUCACGGACGACAGGGAUGGAGGAGGCUCCUCGUUGGUCCGAGUCAAGAUCCAGCAGCAGAAAGCCGGGGGUAGCAUCGGCCAGGUCCACCCGGUUAUAACAGAGCAGCCGCCGUCCACCUCUGACGACGACUACCUGGGCUCCUGCGAGGACGAGGAUGAUGAUGAUGAGGAGGAGGACGAGGAUGAUGAUGAGUUCGAGGAAGUUGAUUUCGAGGAUUUGGAUGAUACGCGGAGCAUCGCGUCCGACGACUCCUUCUACCCGCCGGAUGAUGUGUUCGCGGACUCGGAGCGCAGCCUGUCCCCGGACAGCCCGGAGCCCCUGUCCUUUUUCCAGGCGUGCUGCACCAACAACGCGACCAUCGUCCGGAUCAUGAUACGGCAGGGGGUGAGAGCGGAGGACGUCGAGGAGGCCGACAGGAAUAACAGGACAGGGCUGUUGGUGGCAUGUUACCAAGGUUUCGUAGACGUCGUCAUAGCGCUGUCCCAGUGUCCGUAUCUGGAUGUCAAUUGGCAGGACAGCGAGGGUAACACCGCCCUCAUCACUGCUGCGCAGGCAGGCCACAUAACGAUCACCAACUAUCUGCUCAAUUACUACUCGGCGCUGGACGUAGAGAAGAGGAACUGCCACGGCUUCACCGCCCUGAUGAAGGCAGCCAUGCAGGGCCGCAUAGAGUGUGUGCGCUCGCUCAUGAUGGCAGGAGCUGAUCUAAAUGCGAGGGACUUCGGGCGUCACCUGACCCCAAGGGAGUGGGCCUUAUUUACAGGCCGUUAUGAAACUGCCUGGAUGAUGUCCCGCCUCAUGUCCCGGCCUUGCCCCCAUCAGAUCUGUGAUGCAUACAGAAACAGUCUCGAGUGGCCUCAGCUGGCGUCCCUGGUGGCCAAAGCGCAGGAGCCGCGCGGCUGCCUGAAGCGUGUGUCGGACACCGUGCGGAACGUCUUUAACAUCGCAAAUGUCACCAACCCCGAGGAUGACGGUGCUAUCGACCACAUGGUUUCUGUGACAACCGCCCUGGGGAGCCCCUUUAUUGCUAUGGCAUGUCGUACGGUGUGUCCAGAGAGCCCUCCAUGUGUGGGUAAACGGCGCUACGCUGUUCCCGAGAUCAUUCGUCAGCAGCUUGCCAAGGAGCUCAGCUCCAAGACCGCUGACAGGGCCGAAAACAACCACAAACUCUUCCAGAGCUCUCGAGUGGAGCCGGUGACCAAGGGCUCAGAGGAGCACAGGAUGAGCCUGCAGCAGCAGAACUUGCUUUCCCAGCCAGGAGGCUCCAGCCUGAGCCUGGUGGCCUACAGCAGCGCCGUGGAGCUGCGGAGAACCAGCCUGCUACCCAUCCACUAUGUGAUGAGAAGGACCAGCGUCAGGCCAGGGCUGGCCAUCCCAAAGGUGAGGGUGUCCAAGGCCCCCGCGCCCACCUAUCAGCCGGAGAAGGUGCGAAGGAAGAGCAGCGCUAAAGACGGAGGGAACCUGCUACAGAUCCCAAAGUGGCGGUACAAGGAGCUGAAAGAGGAACGGAGGAAAGCUGAGGAGGCUGAGAGGAGGAGGCUGGAGGCUGCAACCAAGAGACACCUCGCUUCUGGGAGGAAAAAAUAACAUCACAUUGUGGGACAUAGUAUCAGGAAGUGGUGUAACAGGGGCAGGAAGACACAGAGGGAAGUGGGCGUAUGCUGGGCCAGUCAUGAAGCUGGAUAGAUCAGGCACUAAUGGAGCCAGAGUGAGCCUAGAAAUAUCAGAACUGUUACUGAAAUGGAAAGAAGACGAUAGGCUGCUUUUGCCUGGCUCAGUUUGCAUCCAGUUGAAUCAAUGUGAAUGUUAAGAGGAGGGAUGUAGAAUGGCCUCUUCAUAAUGACAAAGAGGAGCUGCGACAUCAGAGAAAGAUAGCAGGUGGUGCUCAGCGUCUGUCCUGAUCAUGGACAGUGCACGAUGGGGGGAUUCAAUACUUGAAAUGUUUCUAGCUAACUUAUUUUUCAUAUUUAUUGCUUUUUAAUGGAGGCAAGAUGGCCAAUUCUCUAUUUUGUUACGCUCUGGGUGCUCAGUACCAGCAGUAUUUUCCUAGUGUGUUAAGACUGUAUGGGACCACAAAACACUUCAACCCACAUGAUUUCAUCUAUUACCCACAACAGAAAUGUAUUCAUCUUCCUGCCUAAAAGCGGGGAGUAAUUUAUCAAAGAUAUUAUGGAAUAAAGUCUUUAAAAUGUUCCAUUGAGAAAAUGAAUGGGCACGUCAUAUUGACUGAGAAACCUAAACAAUAAGCUUUGUAUAAUAUCUAAUGUCAUUUGACAGAGCAAUAUUUUCUUUUCUUAGAUGCUAAUUUUGUUUUGCUUUUUGAUGACAAAACCCAUGAAUUUAAUGAAUGUAUUUUGCAUUAUAUUUUAUAUUAGAUAUUUUAAUGCUUUUUGGGGACAAAUGUUUUAUUUUUUAUCCAAUAAGGACUUUUUUUUGACAUACUGAUAUAUAAACAACUAUGUUUUCUAGUCUUACUAUUGAGACCAAUACUAAAAUGUAAAACACUGCUGGUGAUGUUACACUUAAAGUUGUACUUUUUUGGGAAGAAAGUAAUGUUUACAUUAGAAAUCCAUGUUAACACUGGUUUUAUGAAUGAUAGGAUAUCAUGCAGUGAGUGAUAAGACAUUAAGGUUUAUGAGACUUUGCACGCCGUACGGGUACAUGGAGAAUACAGGUUAUGGGUGAUGUGAAAGAAAUAAAUAGAUCUUAAGUUAC